AUGAGCGCGCCGCGGGCCCGCAGCCUCCCGCCGCCGCCGCCGCCGCCGCGCUCCGCGCGGCUCUCCCGCGACCAGAAGCUGCUGGCGGCAGCGGCGCUGCUGGCGCUGCUGGCGGGCGCGCUGGCGCUGCUGGCGGUACACCGCGUGGCCGCCCUGCACGGGGAGCUGCGUCGCCUCCGCGCGGACCUGCGGCGCGCGGCGGCCGCCGCCCGGCCCGGUGCGGCGUCUUCCCGACUCCAGGUGAGCGGGGCGCGCGGGCUCGGGGCGCAGCCCCGGGCGAUCGUGCCCCUGGCGGCAGCGGGACAGAGCAAUGCCAGCCGGAGCGCCCGGCACAAGCGCGCCCUGGAAGGGGCGGAGGAGACCGUCUCUCAAGAUUGCCUGCAGCUGAUCGCAGACAGUGACAUGCCAACUAUCCGCAAAGGCUCUUACACAUUCGUUCCGUGGCUACUCAGCUUUAAAAGAGGCAAAGCCCUAGAAGAAAAGGAGAAUAAAAUAGUAGUGAGGGAAACCGGUUACUUCUUUAUUUAUGGUCAGGUUUUGUACACUGAUAACACUUUUGCCAUGGGACACCUAAUACAGAGGAAAAAAGUCCAUGUGUUUGGGGAUGAGUUGAGCCUGGUGACUUUGUUUCGCUGUAUUCAGAACAUGCCGGAAACACUACCCAAUAAUUCCUGUUAUUCAGCUGGCAUCGCAAAGCUGGAAGAGGGAGAUGAACUUCAACUUGCAAUACCCCGAGAAAAUGCACAAAUAUCACUGGAUGGGGAUGGAACUUUCUUUGGAGCUCUGAAACUGAUAUGAUCUGUUCGCUCUGUGUCUGUGGCUCCUUCUGCUCUCUCUGUACCUCUGAGGGGAAUCGUUUGAAUGGAAAUACCAAAAGGGGAAAAAUGUAGUUACCAUGGCCUUCUCUGAGCUCUGUUUGUUUUGGUUUGCUAAAACUGAGCCAAAACAGGAAAUUUAACAGACAAACUCAGCCAAAGAGUGUCAUGUGAAUUACAAGAAACACUGCUCCUAUUCCGCAAGACAGAAUUAAGUUGACACUUCUCUGUGAAUCUGUGCAUAGUGCUGCAAUGCUAGCUGAUUUUUUUUUUUUUUUGGAAGAAGAAAACAGUUCAAAGAACAAUCAGAAUGUCUUCAAAAGUAGAGAUCAAAAUGUGGAAACUUUGCACUAUAUGAGUGCUAUUAUCGCUACUUUUCAAUGAGAACUUCAUGAACAGAAAUUGUAACAAUUCUACAUUAAGAGGUUCUGAACACAUACCCAAGUAGAUGUAACAUUAGGAUUCAUCUUCUCAUUUCAUGACAGAUAAUCUCCCUCCUUUUCACUUCAUAGUAUGGAAAGAUAUUAAAAUUUUGCAUCAGGUAUAUAAAAAUAAUUAAAAGUUUAUGUUUUGA